CGUCGCGGAAAAUCGCAGGAAAAUCUCUUUUGAUUUUAUUUCAUCGCAGCAAUCGAUCCUCCCUCGAUGUAUAUAUAUUCGUGCACAUAUAUAUGUGCGAUUGAGAGUUGAGGCACCUUUGUUUUUUUUUUUAUUCAAUGUUGAUCCCGUGAACACGCGAAUCAGACGCAAUAAACAGCGGAAACGUCGUGACGUCGAAGCGCCGAUCAUUCUUGGAACACGCGCGCAGAAAUUCUAUUCUAACCUCUACUCCAUCCCUCGACGAUGUCAUCGAGCGUCGCUGGACUAUCUGUCACCGUCGAGUUCGGGGGUGGGGCGGAAUUACUGUUCGACAAGAAGAAGAGGCACGAGCUGAACUUACCUGGCGAUGAAUGGACCCUGAAGCGACUGCUGUUCUGGUUAAGAGAUAACCUCCUGACGGAGCGGCCGGAACUCUUCAUGCAAGGUGACACGGUGAGGCCGGGAAUUCUUAUUCUGGUAAACGACGCCGACUGGGAGUUGCUGGGUGAAGGCGAUUAUAAACUAUGUCCGCGGGAUAAGAUUCUCUUCAUCUCAACAUUACAUGGAGGAUAGAAGGUACCAUAUUUUUAAUAUAUUGAAAAUCCACAAUAAGUGCGAUUCACUCAUAUUUCAUGGAAUUUUUUUUUAUAUAGUAUAUAAAGAAUUUUAUAUGUAUUUCAAGUCGAGAGAAUA